AUGUCUGAGUCGAGUGAUUCUGCCCAUGCUUUGCCAUUGAUCCCAAAUCCCAUAAUACACAGGCGCAAUCGAACGUAUUCUCAGAGUGCCAGGGCUGAACAAGCUGCCGAAGAAAAUGGUGUUAUUUCGAACUUUUGUCGCGAAAAGGGCCAUGGUUUCAUUCGUUCCGAUAAUGGCGAACUCUUGUUCGUUCACGUCUUUGAUGUUGACGGGGAAGUCGUACCAUUAGCUGGAGAUCGUGUGAGAUUUAAGAAAAUUCUUAUUCCUCCAAAAAACGAGAAGUAUCAAGCCGUCCACGUAAGGAUUGUUGAUUAUGUUCCCGAGAAACACCAACGUUGGCAGGAAUUGCCGGUAGAGUAA